CUGACUCGUGCGCUCUUUGCGCCACAGCCGCGCCUCUCCUCUCCAAACCUCCCCGCUCCUCGGUUCCUCACUCCCCGCUGUUGGGAUUUCAAAGGCAAGGGGGUGGGGUCUCUGCCUCCCCAAAUACUUUUCCUCCUGGCAUUUUAAUACCUACACACCAUCCCUGCGCCACCUCAUUCCACCAGUGACACAGAGGCAGAUCGACCCCGCCGCAUUCUCACGUCCGAGCGCUCAUUCCUCACGGCACGGUGAGGCUCCUCUGAAGACGUUUGGGAUAAGCUGCAGAAAACCCUCACCUCACCUUCCUAACUCGGAGCACUGUGUGUGUGUGUGUGUCUGUGUGUGAGUGUGUGUUACGGGACUUUUUGUUGCGGAGCUCUUGCGCCCAGCUGGUUUCUCCAUCCUACCUGUCCCAUCCGUUGCCGGUCCUCGGUGCGUCGUGUCCGGCCAGCAGCGUCCCCAGUUUGAUCCAGUUCCAGCCGAGUCCAGCUGUGAUCAGCCCGUCUGUUAGAUUGGUAUCAUCAGGAUAAAGAUGAGACAGCUCAGAGCACUUUGUGGAUUCAUUCUCCUGACCCUGGCCGUCCUCGCCGCCGCCAGGCCAAAAGCAGGUCCUGAGCAGAAAUGUAAGUCUGGUCCCGUGGACCUGGUCUUCCUCAUCGACAGCUCCCGCAGCGUUAGGCCACAUGAGUUUGAGACCAUGAGGAAGUUCAUGAUUGACAUCCUCAACACCCUGGAUAUUGGACCCAACGCCACCAGAGUGGGAGUGGUUCAGUACUCCAGCCAGGUCCGCAGUGAGUUCUCUCUGAAGACGCACAGCAGGCUGGAGACCAUGGUGAAAGGCAUCAAUCAGAUCAUUCCUCUCGCUCAAGGCACCAUGACCGGGCUCGCCAUCAGAUACGUGAUGAAUGCGGCCUUCACCGCAGAGGAGGGAGACAGGCCAAAGGUCCCCAACGUGGCCGUGAUCGUGACAGACGGACGUCCUCAGGACCGCGUGGCGGAGGUGGCAGCUGAGGCCAGAGAGAAAGGCAUCGAGAUCUACGCUGUGGGGGUGGCCAGGGCCGACAUGACAUCACUGAGAGCCAUGGCAUCCCCGCCAUUCGAAGACCACGUCUUCCUGGUGGAGUCGUUCGAUCUGAUUCACCAGUUUGGACUGCAGUUCCAGGACAAGCUCUGUGGUGUGGAUCUGUGUCUGGAGUCGGAUCACGGCUGCGAGCACAUCUGUGAGAGCUCCCCGGGCUCCUACCACUGCCUCUGUCUGCCCGGAUACACUCUGAACGAUGACGGGAAAACAUGUGCAGCCAUAGAUCUGUGCGCUGAGGGGAAACACGACUGUGAACAAAUCUGCGUCAGCUCUCCUGGCUCCUUCACCUGCGACUGCAACAAAGGAUACAAACUGAAUGACGACAAGAAGACCUGCUCAAUGAUCGACUACUGUUCGUUUGGGAACCACAGUUGUGAUCAUGAGUGUGUGAGUGUGCUCAAUGGCUAUCACUGCCGCUGUAACGAGGGAUACAGGCUGCUGGACGACGGCAAGACCUGCCAGGCCAUUGACCUGUGCGCUGAGGGGAAACAUGACUGUGAACAAAUCUGUGUCAGCGCACCGGGCGUCUUCACCUGCGACUGCAACGAAGGAUACACACUCAAUGAGGACAAGAAGACCUGCACACCCAUUGACCUGUGUGCUGAGGGAAAGCACGACUGUGAACAAAUCUGCAUCAGUGCACCGGGCACCUUCACCUGCGACUGCAACAAAGGAUUCAAACUCAACAAAGACAAGAAGACCUGCACAAACAUGGACCUGUGUAACACAGUGGAGCACGGCUGUGAGCACCAGUGUGUGAGCACUCCAGGAUCUUACUACUGCAUCUGUCCAGAGGGACAGCUGCUGCAGGAGGACGGCAAGAGCUGCGGCACCUGCAAGUCUGCCAACAUUGACCUGGUGCUUCUGAUCGACGGCUCCAAGAGCGUCCGCCCUCAGAACUUUGAGCUGGUCAAAAAGUUUGUCAACCAGGUUGUGGACUCUCUGGACGUGUCUGCUCAUGGUACCAGAGUCGGUCUGGUCCAGUACUCCAGCCGGGUCAGGACGGAGUUCCCUCUCAACAUGUACCACUCUGCUGAUGAGAUCAAAGCUGCAGUCAUGAAGGUGGAAUACAUGGAGAAAGGUACCAUGACAGGUCUGGCACUAAAACACAUGCUGGAGAACAGCUUCUCUGAGGCAGAGGGCGCUCGUCCUGCCAGCCGUAACAUCCCCAGGAUCGGACUGGUCUUCACAGACGGACGCUCCCAGGACGACAUCACUGAGUACGCCAAGAAGGCCAAAGAAGCCGGCAUCACCAUGUACGCUGUGGGCGUUGGAAAAGCUGUGGAGGAUGAGCUUCGUGAGAUCGCAUCUGAGCCUGUGGAGAAACAUUUCUAUUACACCACCGACUUCACUGCCAUCAGCACCAUCGCUGAGAACCUCAAACUCAACGUCUGCCCAGAGGAGAGUCAGGGGGAGAUUGAGGUGAAGGACCCCUGUGCCUGUGAGAGUCUGGUGGAGUUCCAGCAGGCCACCAUGAGCAGCCUGGAGCAGCUCACACAGAAACUGGCUGGGAUGACUGCUCGUCUGGAGCAGCUGGAGAACCAGCUUCUCUCCAGGAAGUAAUGUAGUCGUCAGUGAGCGAACAGGACACCACAGAGGAAGAAUGACAGAAUGAGGAGGAGGAGGAGGAGGAAGAGGAGGAGGAGGAGGAGGACGGCACAUCCUGGAAAGAUCACUCACAGGGGAAAUCAGAAACCCUUCAAAUCAAUGGACAAUCCAAAGGGUCUUUUCACAAAGCCUCUGCAGCCUUCUCUACAUCUGUUGCUCUUCACGUUUAAGAGGAUGACAUUUAUCUGAACGCUUGUGAUAUAGAUUCAUAUUUCUGGUAUAGAUGUAAAUUACCUAAUUUGUACACUUUAUGUCUUUCAAAAAACACAACAACACUACAUCUGUUUUCUCUCCUGUCACUGUGCAAAGCAGUUGUUGUAAGACGAAAAACAAACGCUUCCUUAAAACAGAUGAAUAAUACAUUUUCAUGAUUUCUCCAGGACGUCUGUUCACUUCUGGGAUUCUGUGCAUAUCUCUGCAAACUUACACUUUAUUAACAUGUGCCAACAAACAAACAGAAUUCAGGAUAAAUUCAACAUGUGUUGUUAACCUCCAUGUAACGUGUUAACACACUUCAUCUGUGCCGUCAGACGCACAAAGACGAUUGUAGACUUGUUGGUAUCUUUGUAAACUUGAUGUAACCAAUGUACUGUAGAUAUUAGAUACAAGCACAAACGUUUUCAUCAAACACAGUGUUCACACACCAUUCACCUGUUUCUCUUAGUGCCCUAUUUAUACUUGAUCUGUUUUGUACGGUUUGUUAAAUAUGAUGUAUUUAUAGCAGGUUUUUUGUUUUGUUUUUUACCAACAGUAGAAUAGCAAAUAAAAAAGUUGGAGGGGACAGAACAGGAGACAGCAAAAUGAAGUGUUGUUACCACUCCCAAUAUUAAAUUGGCCCGGGUCAUUUUCAUAUAAAGUCAUUACUCUUUUUUAAUCGCAGGCCUGACUGGCUUCGUAGUGGGGAGAAGUGGUGAAGAGGAUUCUGGGUUAGAUAUUGAAAAAAAGGGAAGUUAGAAGUGUAAAAUAUCACUAUUCACUAAAGCUGUGGUCUGUUGUUAAUUGAGGUGUUGAUAUUAGAAUCAAACUAUUUUACUCUGAAUAAAUCGGACUUUUCUUUCAUAAAUAAAAUUUGGGCACUGUAUGUAGAUUAAUACGACCACCUCAACUAUGCUACAUUUUCUAACUUGUAUAAAAAAAGACCACCACAGAUUUAUACCCCUUUAUAUUUGAAUGCCUGUAUGUUUUUGUAUAUUUUCUAAUAGCUUUACUUUUUUUGUAUUUUUCUGAUGAAUCCCUGUAUUACAGCACAGAGGGCAAUAAAGGAGUCAACUUUUCA